AUCGGUCGGUUCCCACUUGCCCGUUCAUUAUCCAAUCAUUCUUGUCGUCUCGCAGCGUUUUCUUGGACGAUUUACUGCAGGAGCAUGUCGACUUCUCGCAGUUACACAGAUGCUAUAGAGGCCCUGAACUCUCUCCAGACGAAUGCCGCAACACUCGAAGCUGUUAGGCAGGCAGGAGGAAAGCUUAACCCAAAUGCAAUGCCGGAAAUGCUCGACUAUCUGAAGCGAAUUGGAUACACUGCUCCUGAUCUCAAUAAACUGAAUGUCAUUCACAUUACUGGAACGAAGGGAAAGGGCUCUACUAGCGCUUUCACCGACUCUUUGCUCCGAAGUGCACGCCCUGACUGGAAAGUUGGUCUCUACACUUCUCCCCAUCUUGUUGCCGUUAGGGAGCGCAUACGGGUGAAUGGGAAGCCAAUAUCCGAGGAGGACUUUGCUACCUUCUUCUUCGAAGUCUGGGAUAGACUCAAGGAGAACGACGCGCGUGAAAACUCUGCUACACCUCCCAUGCCAAAUUACUUCCGCUAUCUAACUCUCAUGGCUUUUCAUACGUUCCUGUCGCUAAAGGUCGAUGCUACCAUAUUAGAAGUUGGUAUUGGAGGAGCAUCUGACAGCACAAAUGUUGUGCCGAAGCCCGUCGUGACUGGGGUGACUGCUCUUGGUCUCGACCACGUAUCGCUGCUAGGCAAGACUAUCGGCGAGAUAGCAUGGCAGAAAGGUGGCAUUUACAAGCCCGACGUCCCAGCAUUCAGCGUUGAGCAGCCAGAGGAGGGGAUGAAAGUCUUGAAAGAGCGCGCCCAAGAACUAGAGGCAUCGAGAUUCCAGGUCUCUCAGGUACCAUCGGCCUUGCGGUCAAUAAAACUAGGUCUUGCUGGUAAACAUCAAAUCUCCAAUGCUUCGAUUGCUCUGGAUAUGGCACAUGCAUUCCUUGAAUCUCAGAGUCCGGAGAACGCUCCAUCAAGCUCGAGCGACGGAACGAUCCCUGACGUGUUUGUCAAGGGUUUGGAGACUGCCGCGUGGCCAGGCCGAUGUCAGACAGUGGCUGACCCUAAUGCAAAGUAUUCCAAGACGACAUGGUACCUCGAUGGUGCACACACUGUUGAAAGCCUGGACUGCUGUAUGGAGUGGUUUGUGCAACCAGGAGUUGGCCUGCCUGUCAUGCCACCUUCUUCUCGACCCAAAAGAGCGUUCAUCUUUAAUUGUACAAACGGUCGCUCUGGUCCGGCCUUCCUGGGCACUGUCCUUGCCAAGAUCAACGCACAGCUCAAGCUCCACGGAUAUGACGCCACCGCAGAUACUUUCUUCAACGCGGUCGUGUUCUGUAAUAACGUCACGUAUGCCGAUGGCGGGUUCAAGGGUGACCUGGCUUCAGUUGGCAUGCCCACCUCUGAUCUUGUGCAUCUGAAGACGCAGCAUGAGCUCGCGGAUGCAUGGAUGGCACUCAUCCCUUCCUUCCCCAAAGAAUCCGUCCAUGUGCUACCCUCUAUUGAACAUGCUGUGCGUGUUGUACGAGGCAUAUCGUCAGAGAAGGGCUCUCAGGAAGUCAAUGUCCUUGUUGCUGGUAGCCUACACCUCGUUGGGGGAAUGGUUGAGGUUGCGGGGCUAUCGUCAGUCGCCCUUUGAACAAGGUCACCAGCAACUAUACGCUGGGUAGAGUUAUAGAAUCACAUAAUCUCACAAUUCACAUUUAGAAGCAUUCCCCUGCACCAGAUACCCUUUGUGUCAUGGAGCAGCACUGGUAUAUACCUGUAAGGCAUUACUACUAUAUUAUCCGCCUUCAACAGGUCUAUCAUGCGCAUCCAAGAAAUCACCAACAUAGUGUGUACACCAUUACUGACUUAUAAACGCGUCCAGGUAUGUAACAGCAAUUUCGAACACUCCCAUUAUCGGGAACCAUUCUCGACGACUUGAAGCGAGGCUGUGCUGAACGAAGGGCAUGAUAGUGGUUGGAGCUGACCUCCCCUAGAUCAGAGAUUCCAUCCUAGGUCCGGUAGGGUGGCGCACUGCCUUGACGAUGACCAAGCGGCGGCUUGGACAUAAUGACGGGCUGUAUGGGUAGAGUAUAUUGGAGGUCAAGCUCUUCACAAGUAGCCUUGAGGAACUUCAUGAACUCCGUGCGACGACCCCAGCGUCCACCCCAAUCUUGCCAGUGGGAACGGU